UCUUCUUCUCUUUAUCCUGAUUUAUGGGUCCAUCUCCUCUGCAUUUUUUUUUCCAAAUUUUCCCCCCUGUUUAAAUUUAAUUUUUAUGGAAAUUUUUUAGAGACUAUAUAUUCAAUAUUCCUUGUUUAAAUUUGGUUCUCUGAAAUGGGUUUCCUUUAUUUUGGACUUACAUUUGUGUUUUUUACUUAAAAUAGUGUAAUACUUUCACCACAGUUGUAUUUUCUGUGAAUAAAGUUUGGAUUUUUGCUUUUAAUUCAGUUGGGUUGUUUGCUUCUUGAAAGAGUAGUGGGAAAAAGAAUCACAUUUCCUGUUUCAUUUCCCAUUUUACUAUUCUUUUGCUUUGUCUUUGUUUCAAGUAAAAAAAAAAAAAAAAAAAAAAAACCCGAUAAUCCAAAGUCUACCAGACUCCAACUAAUCCGAGCCCGCCCGCUCGCACGGUCGAGCCCGGGGUGUUGUGAAGGGGGAAGGGGAAAACAGUUUCACAUUUGUCAUUUUCCCUUGAAAUUAUAGUUGUACCACUGUUGGAGGGAAAAGAGGCAACCAAUGAUUUCUUGUUUUGGGAUGUCCUUAGAAACCACAUUUAGGAAGGGCUAUUAUUGAUUCCUAUAACAAUAUAAAAAGGGAACUCUCAAACUCUCAUUUCAAAUCCUUCCCUUCACUUCAAUUUUUGAGGGUUUUUUUAUUUCUAUGAUUUGGGUGUAAAAUCAAUCAAGUCUAACAUUUUAGGAGGUUGAAUAUUCUUAGACCCUCUUCAUUGUUUUGUUUACUUUUGGCAUAGUUUUUGAGUGGAGCAAUUUGGGAUUUUUUUAUUGCUCUUAAGAAGAAAGAAAGGUAAGUUUAUGGAAUUUUGCAAGUCUACAUCUCUUUGAAGAUGAUUAUGGAUGAUCCUGAUUGCUAAUGGUAAAUUGGUAAUUGCGCGAGCUGAUUCUAGUGGUCAGAUUUACCAAAUGUGGAUAGUGAAUGCCUGAUUUUAUUGUUGAUUUUUCUGAAAGAUAGAUCAUGGAGAGUGAACCACACAUGCAACUAGAUUUUCCCAUCUGUAUACCAACAGCCCUUGACGGAAUGCCUUCUCAAUCAUUAUCAGAAUCGCAUCUUCGAACCAAUUUCUUUCAACUAAACACUCAGAAUGAUAGCCUGCUCGGAUUUCCAUCUGUGCAAGGGCAUUCCUUCAAAGAUAUCCAUGGUGAUAAUAAAGCUGUCAACUAUGAUGGAUUAUUAAUCAACAGAGGUAGUAACUUCAACUUUCAAGAGCUUUUCUUGGGAGGCACCUCUGUUGUUUCUGGACUCAAUGAUGCUGCAAACAAUUCAAUCAUAUCUCUACAACAAGAAGCUCCAUCAGAAUCUCUAGGAGCAAUGUUCUCUAAUGGUUGCUCCUAUGCCUCAAGUUCCUCCAUUCCCAGCAACCUAAACUCAUGCGGCUAUGAUGAUGGUUCAUUUGGUUAUUUAAAUGACAGAUUUCCGAUGCAACAGGAGCUGAGCUGGAGAGCAUCAACCUCCGAGUUUGAACCAAUACGGUUUCAUGGGAGUCAAGAUGCAAGUAACGAGUGGGUAGUGCCAAGCUCUGCUAAUAUUUGCACAACUCAUCAUCAUCCUUAUGUAACUUCUCGAUCUCAUAACGAGCUUUCUCUGAGUUUAGCUACUUCUCAUUCUCAAACAAGGAUAGGUUCAGAACACAGUUCACAUCGUACUAAGGAGCUCUCAAAUAAUAAUAAUAAUAGGUCAUUCCAGUUUCCUCCAGUAGUAUCUGGUUCAAGAUAUCUUUCCGUGUUGCAGCAAAUACUUUCAGAUGUCUCAAGCUACUCACUUGACGGUUUAGACAAAACCAGUUUUCACAGUAACAAUUACUUCGAUCCAGGGUCUUCAUCAUACAAAAGUUCCAAUGAGUUUCAUGACAAUGAUGGAUCAUUUGAAGUUCCAUCUGGAAGUUCAAAGAGGUCACAGAUGUUAUCUCUUCUACAAAUGGUGGAUGAUCGUUACAACCGUUGUUUAGAUGAGAUACACAUGGUAGUAUCUGCAUUCCAUGCUGCAACUGAAUUAGACCCUAAAUUGCAUUCUUGUUUUGCUCUUCAAACAAUGUCAUUCUUCUACAAAAAUCUGAGGGAGAGAAUCAGUAAUCAAAUACUAGCUAUGGGAAUGGAUAAUAAAGGAAGUGCUAGAGACAACUCUUUUGACAAAUCAUUCAUUCAAAAGCAGUGGACAAUCCAGCAAUUGAAGAAAAAAGAUCAACUGUGGAGACCUCAGAGAGGCUUACCAGAGAGAUCUGUUUCAGUACUACGAGCAUGGAUGUUCGACAACUUUCUUCACCCGUACCCAAAAGAUGCAGAGAAACACUUGCUUGCAGUCAAAAGUGGAUUAACAAGGAGCCAGGUUUCAAAUUGGUUUAUCAAUGCUAGAGUCCGUCUCUGGAAACCUCUAGUUGAAGAUAUGUGUUCAGAGAUAAAUCGAAGAAAGGGGAGUCGCCAAAACGAAGAAGAAACCAACAAUAGUAAUAACAGUAGAAGCCAGUUAAGGAUUUAUGACUACGAUCAACGAGAUUCAGCAAUUGAACAACACAGAGAAAAGGGCAGUGUGCGCAGUUACUGGUAGGCGCUAGUUGGUUUUGGUAAGGUGAAUAUGAAUAUAAAUUAUAUACAGUAUGUCUCUCUCUAUGUAUAGUAUAAUUAGGCUAAUAUUAGCUUUUGCCUAGAAGAUCAAUGCAAUUGUACAUAAAUGCUUAUAUGAGGACUCCACUACUUCCUGGGUUUGCUUUGCUACAAUUUUGCAAGCUUCCAUGGGAGUUUGUGGGUUGUCUUAGCAUUUGGGUAGGAAGGAUCACAUUUUGGUAUUUUGUAUGUGGGGUUUUUAAUGCAUUGAAUUUGUUUAUCUUAAAAAAAACUUGUUUUAAAACUUCUUGAUUGA